CAAAGCGCCAAAAGAUGGCGCCACAGAGUCACAAAUAACCGGAAUGCAAUCAAUGAUUUCAAUCAGGUCGGAAUAACAACAACAGCAACAAACAUCGUUUGAAUUUGCCAGGAACGUACGGGCAAAUUUUCCAAUGAAUGAAGAUGGCUCUGGCAUGGACUCAUGGCAUUAGUCCAGCUAUGUUGGAACCUGCUGAUCACAUAUAUGUGUGGAGGUGUGGUUACAGUCACCAUGGAAUCUGGACUGGUUCAGAAGUGAUUCACUAUGCACCACCCAAUAGCAGUAAUAUUGGCCUGAAAUCUGGAGCAAAUGUACGCAAAGACCCCCUGGAUCGAUUCCUACAGAACGGAGCUCUUAAGAAGUACCUAUAUGGUGUUUUCGAAGCCGAGUGGUUUUUGAAAGUUCGUGGCACGUGUUCAGUUAAGGAAAGUUGUCCAGCUGAAUUGGUUCUGAAAAGAGCAGAGGAUAUGAUUGGACAAAGCAGUUAUGACUUUGUGGAAAAUAACUGUGAACACUUUGCACUGUGGUGCAAACUAGGACAUCGGGCUAUUGAUGUCCCCAACCAAGCAUCUUCAACUGUAUUAAAUAUUGUUUCAGCACUCGCCACACCUGUGCGUAGCAUUGCUUUAGUGUUGCUCAGUGUACUAGAUGAUGAUAACACCCAGCUACUCAAUAAUACAUUAAAGUUCCUUGUUACUUUUGAGCACCGAUAUACAUUACGAAACAAACCAUGUGAGCUACAGUAUUCGCAAGCUUCUGAUAAACUGAAUCGUAUAUAAGCUGAAUGUGUCAGUAAACAAUAUCUGUAUUCUUGCUUAGGGAAUGUAGACUGGGUUCUUAGUGUAUUAUUUGGCACGCUCUAAAAUAAUGAACUAUUCUCUACAAACGUUACUGCAAACAUGCCAUGCCGACUACUAACAACAACACUAUAAUAACCGAUAAAUAGCUUUAUUAUGAAUAAAUACUGCCACAAGAGGUACAGUGAAUAUAAUAUAUAUUAUAUAUUAGUGCUUAU